AUGCCAAGGUCUUUCCUGGUGAAGAAGGUAAAGCUAGAUGAUUUCUCAUGCGCAGAGCUGGAGAGCGCUUAUGGCAGGUCAAGAUCUGACCUGAACCUGCGGAUCCACGAAAAAGGUUACAUUAGGGACUACAUUACUCCGGCGGUGUAUGAUGCAGAGACUGAUGGCGCCGUUAAGGUUCCCUCUCCGGAGCCUCUGUAUGAUGGCGCGCACAGUGAUUACCAGGCGGACAGCCCGCGAUCGGACACCACGGGUGGCUCGAUCAACGGCGACACAGCAGUGAGUGGAGGCUACACGGCGCACGCCUUCUUCAUCACGGAUGGCCGCUCACGGCGCAGGGCGGCCGGAGGAGCGCGCAGUCCGCCUCGCCACACGUGCACUGAGUGCGGCAAGUCAUACGCCACGUCAUCAAACCUGAGUCGCCACAAGCAGACGCACCGCAGCCUGGACAGCAAGAUGGCAAAGAAGUGCCCGACCUGCGGCAAGGUGUAUGUGUCCAUGCCGGCAAUGGCUAUGCACGUCCUCACGCACGAUCUACGGCACAAGUGCGAUGUUUGUGGCAAAGCGUUCAGCCGUCCUUGGCUGCUGCAGGGCCACAUGCGUUCUCAUACGGGAGAGAAGCCUUUCGGCUGCGCGCACUGCGGGAAGGCGUUCGCCGACCGCUCCAACCUGCGCGCGCACAUGCAGACUCACUCGGCCUUUAAACACUUCAAGUGUGCGCGCUGCAGCAAGACGUUCGCGCUCAAGUCGUAUCUGAACAAACACUACGAGUCGGCGUGCUUCAAGGGCGCACUCUCGCCGAUUCAAGCGUGA